CACGGCACAGAUCGAUAGAUCAUGUUCACCGAAAAGGGAAUCUUUCCCAUAGGCGAUGGCCUUUUGGAUGUAAAUGCCGAACGCUUUAACGGAUUGCUCGUGUCGCAUGACAUCAACGAGAUCUACGAGGUGGAACAGACGCCGUUUGCCAGGGGCAAAUUCGCCGCCGUUCGCCGUGCCAUUCACAAGAACACGGGCUCCCAUUUCGCGGCAAAGUUCUUGAAGCGACGCCGACGCGCACAGAGCAGCGACAAGGAGAUCAAACACGAGAUCGCCGUCCUAAUACUCUGCGAGGGCGAGGAGAACAUUGUCAAUCUGAAUGCGGUGCACGAGACCCGUUCGGACACAGCCCUGCUGCUGGAACUGGCCACUGGUGGCGAGCUGCAGACCAUACUGGACAACGAGGAGUGCCUGACAGAGGCCCAGGCCCGCCACUGCAUGCGAGAGGUGCUGAAGGCUCUCAAGUUUCUCCACGACCGAUCCAUUGCCCACCUGGACCUCAAGCCACAGAAUAUUUUGCUCGCCGGCGAGCGUAUAGAAGAUGGCCUCAAGCUCUGUGACUUUGGGAUCUCGCGCGUUGUGUGCGAGGGCAUCAAUGUCCGCGAGAUGGCCGGCACACCCGACCACGUGGCCCCCGAGGUGCUCCAGUACGAGCCACUCUCCCUGCUGACGGACAUCUGGUCCGUGGGCGUUCUCUCCUAUGUCUUGCUCUCCGGCUUCUCGCCCUUUGGCGGGAACACCAAGCAGGAAACCUUCCUCAAUAUCUCGCAGUGUGCGCUCACCUUUCCGGACAACCUAUUCGGUGGCGUCUCGCCAGUGGCCAUCGAUUUCAUACGCCGCGCAUUGCGAAUUAAGCCAAACGAUCGCAUGAGUGCCGCUGGAUGCCUGGAACAUGUCUGGCUGAAGGAUGAGAGCUCGAUGGAUAGACAAAUGUAUCUGCAGGCUCAGAGCGAUGCUGAAGAGGAAGAGGAAGAGGAGGAGGAAGAAGACGACCUUGAGGAUGAGGAAGUGGAGGAGCCAGUGGCCGAGGAGAAGGCAGAGGAGCAGGAACAGCAACAGCAGUCACAGGAACAACAAAAGCAACAGAAGCCAAGCAGUGGCAGCAACAACCCCACGCACAAUGCCACCAUCGGGCCCACAGCAAUGGGAGCAGUAGCAGCAUCUCAAAAAUACUCAUUGCCACCGGGAAGCUCCUGGGAAGCCCCAUAAGCAGCACCAGCACCAGCACCAGCACAGAGACAACGACAGCCAUACACACGCUGACCAGCAAUGGACACGGACAGAGCAACACGGUCUGCCUGUCCGCC